CCGCUCUGAGCCCUUACGCGUUAAUUUUUUUUUCCGGCAGUCUUAAUCACAGUCGGCCAGAAGGCUAAUGUAGAAAAAAACAUUGCCGUUUUAGUUUUACAAUCCAAGGAGCACGAGAGGAACUUUGUGGUGUACUGUACGUGUAUUACGGUGAAGAACGGACAAAACACACCAGCCACCCAUAAUUAGCUUAUGACGCUGAAUGAACAAAACGACUGCUUCAAAGACCAUCUUUUGUUCUUUAUUUGACACAAAGUGCCAGAACGUUGAUAACAAAAUUAGCUAAAUUACAUAACAGUAUUUAAUUUAAAGUGGGCAUUUUCCCCAGACAUAUUUACCGCGUUCCUGUGUCCUCUGUUCGCCGUUCAUUUUCUGACAGCACAUGAAAGCAGCUCCCAGAGGACUUCAUUGUUGCUGCAAACAAGUUAAUCGUAAAUACCUGUGUCGAGUAACUCGGUGAGCAAAACGCUUUCAUGCUACGUUUUGUAUUUGUUGACGGAACUGAUCUUCUAAUUGCUCAGAAAUCUUUGCUGUGCGGACUGUGAAUAAAUAUCAGAAGGCUACCUGAAGACCAUGAAGUUUACAGACCAAGAGCCUGCCUUUGUCACCUGCUGUCAUCCAACAAAUACAGUAACCUCUUAAAACACCAGCCGUAUUAUCCAGCGCAUUUCCUGCCUUAUUGCUACCAUUCCACUGUACCAGCAAAACCUCAAACAUUAUCUACCUGCUCAACGCUUGUCUAGGUGCUUUCAUUACCUGUGAAAAUCUUCCUCCUCAGCUCCUUCACAGUUUUUUUUCUCACUCCAGAGAACCUACACUCUCAAAUGAUGCGGACGGACAGCAAAGGCCGAAGUGCCUCCCCUCACAGGAUAACCUACAAGUCUGACUUCCAUGCCAUUAAAUGUUCAUUUGACACCGGGACCAGUCUUCACCAAGGGACCAAAGCUGCUGCUGGUCCUCAGCGCUCUGCUGUGCAUCCAAACAGGCUGCUAUACAGCCUGUCAGAUCCCAUUAUGUCCCACACCAGCAAUAGCAGCAGCACAGGCAGCAGAGGGAGAGUCCACAGCACCAGGGGGACCAAGAUCAGAGACAACAUCUUCCUCCAAAUGGACAGCCAGCAGCUUAGACAAGAUGGUGGUCCAGUGCUGAGUUCUGGCUCCACACUCCUCCUUCCUCCCCAAAAUCCUAGCCUGCAGCUCCAAACAUCACCUUUCUCUGGAUCCAGAUGUUCAGUCAUGAGUACCUCAUCAGCUCUGAGCACUGUGGCCAGCAUUUCUAUCCCAGAAUCCUCUCUGCAAGAUAAACCGUCCAGAUCGGAUGAGAUAAGGGAUAUUGACAGAGCCGCUCUGGCUCAGAAGUUCUCUGUUACCCGGAGGUUAUUUGAGACCAAGGUGAUGGAGGUUGGAGGAGUUUCAAAACCUGUGACUGGCAGAGGAAGUAAGGGGAUGGCGGAUGGGAAAGUAGAAGGAGAGGAUGGGAGAGGAGGAAACAGCCAGCUGGAAAAAGGGGAAGAGGCAAGUGGGAAAAGGAAGCACACAGAGGAGGAUGGCUUUGAUAAAGACAUAAACCUACCUGUCAUAAAUAUUUCCUCGCCAAAGUCUCCUGCACCCAUGUUCCUGACAAGGCACCCUAAAUCUCCUGUAUCAGAUGGCCCUGCUGAAGCAGCCAACAAAUCUCCCUCCCACCCUGACAAACAUGGUCAAACCACAGGAACACAGGGAGAGGAAGAAAGGGUAGAAAGCACUAAUCUUGACCUCUGCUUGACCCCUGAGGAGCCAGUGAGAGCAGAACUCGUUGAUGUAAAGACCGAGUCAUCAGAAAGUGAUGAGAAUGAAGAGGAAAAGGAGCAAAAAGAGAUCAAACAAUGGCUUGAGGACAAGGAGGGAAAGUAUGUAAACAAAAUUGUAGGAGAACAUGUGGAGGCCCUAGCGGAUGAUGUUUUUGAAGAAUCAAGCAUGGAAACAACACCAGGACCUUAUACGCUGGAAAACAAAGUGGAACUAAGAGCAGGAGAAGGUGGGCCAGUUGCUCCCUCAGAACACCAGAGGCAGUUAUCCAGAAGCAUGCCAUGUAAAAAAGAGACUAAAGAUGACAAGGAAAGUGGAGGAGACAAGUAUCAGCAGGUGAAUGAACAAUGGGAGGGUGAAAGGGAGGAGCAGUACGGAGAGUUCAUUGCAUGGGCUAAGAAGAAGUCAACAGAAAAGGGGGACAACAGGUGGGGAAAGACAGAUGCAGGAGUGGAGGAAAGUGCUGGAAGGAAAGAGAGAGGCAUGAUGCAGGAGGAGGAUGUUGACAAGGAGGUUGAGGGAAAGAGGAAAGGUGAAAGUGAAGAGAGAGAAUGGAGACAAUGUCAAGAGAAGGAAAGAACUGAAAAAGAAGAGAAAAGGGAGAGAGAAGAAGGUACAACAUCUGAGCAUGCCAAUGAGGAGGUCAAGCAUGUGGCAUUCAGUGGAGAUAGUGAUGGAAAAGAUGACAUAGGAGGAGGCAAAGAGAGCCUUGAGAACAAGGCCUUUGUGUAUGAUCAGGAAUCCCAGUUUCAUCCAAAGCAAUCAACGUCACCAAGACAGGACUUUGAAAACACUCUGCACGCAGGAAAUCAGAUUUUAUUGGAAUAUGAGGAAAUUCCUGGUGUUCCUGAUCAGGAUGAUGAAGAUGCAUCAGAAGAGGUAAAGAGGAAGGUCCGGUUCUCCUCAGCACCAAUCAAGGUGUACAGCACCUACUCUAACGCAGAGUAUGACAGACACAAUGAGGAUAUUGACCCAGUGUCCGCCUCGGCCGAGUAUGAGCUGGAGAAGAGAGUGGACAGGAUGGACGUCUUUCCAGUGGAGAUAGAAAAGGGCCAUGGCGGUCUGGGUAUCAGUAUCAUAGGAAUGGGUGUAGGGGCUGACCAGGGACUGGAAAAACUGGGAAUUUUUGUCAAGACAAUAACUGAACGAGGAGCAACACAGAGGGACGGAAGGAUUCAGGUGAAUGACCAGAUAGUGGAGGUGGAUGGGGUGAGUUUGGUUGGAGUCUCCCAGCUGUUUGCAGCCACUAUACUCAAGAAUACAUCAGGCCUCGUCAAGUUUUUGAUUGGUCGUGAGAAAGAGGGUGUGGAGAGUGAGGUGGCAAGACUGAUCAACGAAAGCCUGGAAAUGGAUAAAGCAUCCAGAAAGAGGGAAAGAGCAGGCGGAGAUGAGGAUAGUGACGGCAGCGUGUCAGAGGAGGGCUCAGUGGCUGAAGAAGAAGAGGAAGAUGAAGAGGAGGAAGAUGAAGAGGAGGAUGUGUCCAUUCUUUCCGGUCUGGACAACUACCAGCUCUGCCUCAAAUACCAGCAGCUUCAGUCAAAACUACGAAGCAGAAUGGCCCAACUUCACCACACCAGAGAAAAGUUAAAGGCAUGGGAGGAGCAGCAGGCGUUUUGGGAGAGCCAGAAGACUGAGCUAGAGCAGAGAGUGGAGGAUGGAGAGGAGAAAGCUGACAAACUAGAGAAGUAUUGGCAAGAGGCCCAGACACUGUGCAGGGUUGUGAGCCAGCGACUGGCUGAUGCCCAGAGCCAAUCAGAGAGCCUGGAGAUCAAAUACGGCAAAGCCAAGAGACUAGUCAGAGAAUACCAGAACAGAGAGGAGGAGAGAGAGAAAAGAGAAGCAGAUUUGAGGAGAGAAAUGGAGGCGAGAGAGAAACAGCAUAGUGACACUAUUGAAAGGCUGCAAAUCCAGAUAGCACAGCUAGAGAAAAAAGAGCCUGUAGCUGAAAGAAAGAACCACUCUGUGGACUCUUCAGUCAUAGUCCCCAAUACAGGACGUCUCGACUCCAGUGCUCAUAUAGCUAGAGCUCAGCUGGCCCAGAAAUCCAAGCGCCACCCACCCUCACGAGACAAGCUCCGAGAGAGCUUUAGAAAACAGGAAGAUGCUGUCCAGAAACCAGAGGAGAGCCAAUCGCUGUCUGCUCCCACAGUGGUACAAAGGAGCAGUAGAAGUGACAUGUCCAGUACCUCCUCGCUCUCAACCCUCAGUCCUCAUCCUCCCACCAGCUCCAUCUUCACCCCUCCCAUCUACAUCACUGACACUGUCACUCCUUCGCCAUGCAAAUUGUCAGCUUCCAGAAAGUCCAAAAGGAGAUUUCCAGACUUCAGUGGCCUUCGCAAGUCUCUCAGCAAAAGGAGAAGUGGAAAACACAGCAGAAGGUCCACGAACAACAGGGGGUCGUUUGGUGACCUGGUGGAUGAGCCUGCUGGAGUUUCUCCAUCAGGUUCAGUCACCUCCAUGCCCUCUUGCUUGCCCUUUCCCUGGUUUGGAGAGAGAGGGAGGGAGAGGGAAGAGGAGGAGGAGAGGGAGAGAGGCAGGGAGAGGCUUCGGUCUGUGUCCAGCAGCAGUUUACCGUACCUGACCACCACAGGCAGAAGAGAUCAGAGUAUUGGCUCUCCAGUGGGCAGCUCCAGCAUGGUGGGUCAUGCCUCUGAUCACUCCCUCUUUGGACACACUCACACUUUGACCUUUUCUUCCACUGAGACGUUGGACGAUGACCCGGUUCCCACCAACAACAACAAUCAGUGGCAAAGUCAACCCAUCUUGGAGUGGAACAACCAGCAGGUCUGUCUGUGGUUAAUCGCCAUGAACCUGGAUCAAUACACAUCUGAAUUUGCUACCAGAGGAGUGGACGGGACACAGCUGCUUAACAUGGACAGUGAGAAACUCAAGGCUCUGGGCGUGUGCAGUCAAAGUGACCGGUCUGCCCUCAAGAAGAAGCUGAAGGAUAUGAAGAAAAGAGAGGAGAGAGAACAGAGGAAGGUAGAGAAGAGACCGAAAGAAGAAAAGGAGAAAGAGAAGAAUGCAGUUUUGGGCCAAGAGAAUGAAGGAAAAGAGUGUGUGAGGGUGAUGAUGGAGAAGUCUGUAAAAGACGUCAGACACAGUGGCAAAACUGUAAGAACUGAGUCACUCUUAUAAAGAAACGACAGAGGUGAUGUCGGAUACACCACCAGCAUGAUGGUGUGUUUGCAGUCUGACACACACAGAAAUACACUUGAAGCAAUUUCUAUUUAGCUAUUAGAAACCAGUACAUCUACUGCACACAUCCUCUAUAGUUCACAUGUUGAUAUCAUUUAGGAUACAGAACACUGGUUGGUAAUUAAGAGAUUUUCAGGCUACAGCAGAGUUCGACUCCAGCAAUUAUGUAUUUGUCAAUAUGUCAGUUAUAAAGUGUGUGAGAAUUUGACUGUUUUUACUUUUCCCAAUCAACCGUAAAUUAUCCUUUACAAUGAUUUUAAUAUUUAACAGUGCUGAUUUUAAGCACUCAGGUAAUUGCUGUAAAUGCUUUUUUUAUGUAUUAAUAAAUAAUGCUUUAAACAUCC